AUGGGGCGGGGGUGUUGUGGGGCUGGGGGGAUGGGGGGAGGGGGGGAGUGUAGAAGGGGAGGGGGGGGGGGAGGAGUCUAUGGAAGUAUCUAUAUUUGGAUAAUAUCUAUUGGGGAGAGUGUCGUUGGGGGGGGGGGGGGGGGGGGGGGGGGGGUGGGGGGGGCGGGGUGGGGGAUGAGGGGGUGGAUGGAGUGGGGGGGGGUUGUUGGGGUGGGGGUGUGUGGGGGUGGUGGGUGGGUGGGGGGGGGGGGGGGGGGGGGGGGGGGGUGGGGGGGGGGUGUUGUGGUUGGGGGGGUUGGGGGGUGGUGA